AUGACUCCCGAGUUCCUCGCUUCUACCUGCUUCCUUCAAAGUUCGAACUUCAUCCUUCUCUUUCGGACUUUCACAAUCGGUGCUUCACGCCUUCACCGCUUCGGUGCUUCCGGACUUUCAAUUCCAGCCAACAAAACUCAAAAGAUAGUAGGGUGGCCACCGGCCUCGGGCAUAUGCCGAUGGGCCUACCGCCAUGCGGGUGGCCGGCGAGUACGAGCCGAUGUUAGGAUCCUCGGAUGUCGAAGUUACGAGUUCAACUCAUCCCAAACCGUGUCUAACAACGGAUACGAUUGCUUGUUGGCUCUUCAUCAAACACACAAGUGA